AAAAAUUAGUGAGAGUGAGCAAUGGGCGAAAACAAUGAAGAUGCUUCGGUAAUCUCCCCGGACGAGGAGACCAAAGCCGAGGCGCAAAGGUUCAAAGAGAAGGCCAACGAAUUUUAUAAGAAUGGUAACUAUGAUGAGGCAAUCUCGUUAUACACAAAAGCUAUCGAACUACAACCUUGUGCUAUUUUCUAUGGGAAUCGAAGUGCUGCCUACAUUAGGACAGAAUGUUUUGGCUACGCGUUAUCGGACGCCGACAAAGCCCUCGAGCUUGAUAAAAAUUACAUUAAGGGUUACUACAGGAGAGCUGAUGCCUACAUGUCUCUUGGCAAGUACAAGGAUGCCCUCAAAAAUUAUCAAUUGGUUACAAAGAUCAGGCCAAACGAUAAGGAUGCUAAGUUGAAGUUCACAGAAUGUCAAAAGAUUGUUAAAAAGUUGGCAUUUGAGAAAGCUAUUGCUGUUGAUGAAAACAAGAAGAGCGUUGCUGAUUCCAUCGAUUUAAGUGCUAUGACAAUUGAAGGUGAAUACUCAGGACCAAAGUUAGAAGACGACAAGGUAACAGAAAAAUUCAUGACUGAUCUCAUAGAGUGGUACAGACAAGAAAAGAAAUUGCACAGAAAGUAUGCUUAUAAAAUUCUCCUAGACAUCAAAGCUUAUUUCAUGUCACUUCCAAGUUUAGUUGACAUCACAGUGCCAGAUGACGCAAAGUUUACUAUUUGUGGAGAUAUUCAUGGUCAAUACUAUGAUUUACUCAACAUUUUCCAGUUAAAUGGAAUGCCAUCAGAAAAAAACCCUUAUUUAUUCAACGGAGAUUUUGUAGAUAGAGGAUCUUUUUCAGUUGAAUGUAUCUUUACGUUAUUUGGAUUUAAAUUAUUAUACCCUAAUCACUUCUUCAUGUCAAGAGGUAACCAUGAAUCUGCCGCCAUGAACCAUAUGUAUGGAUUUGAAGGUGAAGUUAAAUCAAAGUAUACGCCACAAAUGGCUAAAUUAUUUACAGAAGUUUAUAAUUGGUUGCCACUAGCUCAUUGUCUUAAUAAGAAAGUUCUUGUCAUGCAUGGAGGCUUAUUUUCUAAGGAUGAUGUGACAUUAGAUGACAUUAGGAAAAUUGAUAGAAAUAGGCAACCACCUGAUGAGGGUAUUAUGUGCGAAUUAUUGUGGUCAGAUCCUCAACCUCAAAACGGCAGGUCUCCCAGCAAACGAGGUGUAGGAGUUCAAUUUGGACCUGAUGUUACACAAAAGUUCCUUGAGCUUAAUAACCUCUAUUACAUUGUCAGGAGUCACGAAGUUAAGCAGGAGGGUUUCGAGUAUGGACACGAUGGAAAAUGCGUGACAGUUUUUUCAGCUCCAAAUUAUUGUGAUUCAAUGGGUAAUCAAGGUGCCUUUAUUACUCUGAAUGGCAAGGAUAUGAUACCGAAGUUUACUUCAUAUGACGCCGUGCCACAUCCUAACGUAAAGCCUAUGGCUUAUGCAAGUUCAUUCCUGAAUUUCAUGUCCUAGUGAGGAAUAUAGCCGUAUGUGCGAGUGAUUAAACACGAGUUUAAUCAAAUUUUGCAUAAUUUAUUGAGAUGAAUCGGAGGAGUUAAGGAGCGCUUACAACUCUCUGAAAAUAACUGUACUCACGACGAUAAUACAUUAAGCGAUCUAUAAUUUUAAGUAUAAAAGUGACAGAUUUAUUUUUAUUCAUAUAAAUAGUUUUCAAACUUGACUGUAAAGUUUGCUACCAAGUUUUAAAAGUUCUUUCUUUUCAUGAUGCUCUAUUUUACUAUGGCACGUUUACAAAGUUGAAAAGGUCUUUACAGAACUUUAUAUAAUGCGUCUUUUAAGUAAAAUUUGUACACUAAAUAGAUAAAAAAAAAAUUGCUUCCCCAGUAACCCAAUCAAUUUUAUUGAA